AUGCAUCCUAGCAGAGACCCUUCACCACGUCCUCGUCUUUUACCUGGCACUCCACAACAACAACAACGUCGUGAACAUGAUAAUUUACAAUAUGAAACAUUCGAUUUGAAUUACAUGAUGAACAAGAACCAACAUUAUCAUCGUGAAGUAAACGAAAAACAUCAACACUCUGAUUAUCAUCAACAAAUGAAUCCAUUAAACAGGAUCAACAACAACAAUAUACGUCCGUUAAUGGAAUACAACAAUCCGAAUGAAUCACCAAGCGAUAUAGAAGUAAAUACGUCCACUACGAAUCGAUUAAACAAGAAAAGAAAACAAAGUACUACAGAUGAACCAAUGGAACAUAAUUAUGAUGAAUCACCAAUAUGUCAACAAGUACGUGAUAUUAAUGUUUAUAGUCCACAACUACAUACAACAAAAUCAACAUCAAUUAAUGCAUCGAAAUCAAUUACUGAAGAAGCAAAACGUUUUGCUCAAUCCCGUUAUCCAUACCCUCCUUUUAUAUUAUUAUUUAAAUCUUCAAAAAUUAAUGAUAAGAUGAUCAUCAACGAAUUGAUAAAUUAUUGCAAAGAAAAUUAUUCAUUUGAUCUUGAUCUUGCCGGUUUUCGUAUAUCAUCAAAUCGAUGCAACACCAACAAAUGUAAUUUAUUAAUAUUUGUGAAAAACAGUUUAUCAUUUUCUUUUCCUUUAACUGGUAUAAAAUGGCCGGAAGCUUUUGGUGGUGAAGCAUUCAAAAUUGAACGUCAACCAGUCAUUCCUCCACAGCUCUCAGUCAUUAUCUCAAAUGUUAGUUAUAGAACAAACAUGUUGGAAUUUGAAAAGGACUUGAAAACAAGUUAUGACAAUAUUGUUAAAGUGGUUCGAUUAAAAAACAAAAAUCAAUCUGAUACAAAAUUUGUUAAAUUAGAAUUUAAUUCGCCAAAAGUACGAGAUGAAAUUUUAGCUAAAGGUUAUAUGAUGAUCAAUUAUUUGAAGUAUGAGUUCAGAGAAUAUUUACCACAAGCAUUUAUACUGAUUUGCUCCAACUAUCUCGUCAAUCAUCAAUGUCAAGGUGUGGUCAAAUAUCUACAUUGUGGUGGUGCACAUUACUCUAAUGAUUUAAAAUGUAAGGUAAUUAAACAAUUUCGAGCAGAUUUAACUAGUUCUCUUUUAUCAUUAACAUCAAAAUCAAAUUCGUUAUUCAAUAGACAACUUGAUUCAAUAACAGAAUUUCCACCAUUACCGCCACCACAAAUAAGAAAACAGUCAAUCGAUGAACAUCAUAUGCCAUUAAAUGCCCAAAAUGGAAUUAUGAUAAAAUUAGAUCGAAUACUCAACUCAAUCAACCACUUCGAACACGUUAUUGGUAAUUUAACAAAACCUACUGAAGCAAUUGAAGAAUGGACGGACAACAAGAAGAAGAAUGACUCAGAAAAAGAAAAUGAAAUUAAAGCACUACAACGUGGUAAUGUACGUGUUGAAGGUGAACUUCGUCAUCAAAUGCAAGUCAUCGAGAAAAUAUUUCUCCCAGUAUUGGACGACAUCUUCAUGAUAUUAACUGAACUUAAUAUUAAAGAUGGUGGGACUCUAAAUGCGGAUUUUAAUUCUAAAAGUGGUUUGUGGAAAAACGAGAUUAAAGCAUAUUUAGACAAAAGACUCAAAACUGUAAUGGUACUUUCUCCAGAUGCAGUCCCUUUUUUGUGUACUCAAAAAGUGAGUACACUCUAGAAUCGGUCAGUAUGUCCGUCCGGCCGUCCGACCGUUUACAUGAUAACGUUCGACAGGAGAGCUCGAUCACGAUGACAUUUUCUACACAGUUCAGUCUUUACAAUAUCUCGGUCGAGUUCGAAGAUGAGAAGGAUCGGCCAAGCCAUUCCUGAGUUAUUGCAAAAAUACCCAUUUUUCCCUAUAGCUUCCCUAUGAAAAGAUCUCACCCAUCCCCACUUUCGUAAAAGACUUUUCCUAUCAUAGUCAACUAAGACCUCAACUAUUAUAUACCAUUCGAUAGAGAAUUUCAAGAGCUACAAAAUGAUAUAUAAAACAUAAAGAAACAAGAAGGUUGACUCACCUAUGACAAAGAUAAUUAAAGAGAACUAGCUUUUAUUUUUGUCCUCGAUCUAAUUGAUCCACCAAUAGAGCUCUAUCUUCCGAUCGCAGAGAUAAUAAUUCGAGGUUUUCUGAGAUGAAGAACUCGAAUCUGCAUUCCGCUUUCAUCGAAAUACUAUUGGUUGAGCAGUAACUAAUAGAAAUCAAGUUAUAGGAAAAACGACUUUCUUAGGAUAAAUCAAGGGGAAGAGUUCAAAUUUGAGCUGUAUUCAGUCCUAAGUCCUAUUGGUUUGGCAAUACCCAAUAGAAAUCAACAGUUUAGAGGGUAGGUUCCCCAGUAUAAUUUUGAUGUUUACACAUUCUAGAAUGGCUAAUUCGUCUGAUUCACUUUUUGAAGUACACAUAACUCUCGGAUUUAAAUCCGAAGUCUCCGCAUUUAUUUUCAUGUACUCCCUCCCCCAAACUUGCCGAUCGUUCUUUCUUUUUGAGCCUGUCUCAAAAUAAUCUUUCCCCUUUUGACUCAUGUAUGUUUAAUAAUAUUUUGAUGGAGUGGGAAAGUAGUACUCUUCUUUCUUCUUGUUUAAACUUGUGGAAAAAAUAUGUAUACACCGACAAGUGUUCUUAUUUCUCUUCAUUACAUUGUCUGUCAUUCAACGUACGUGGUUUUAAUCAUCGUUGGAAUGAAGUAGUCCUUUUGAAUAAUACAUUUAAGAUGGAUGUCAUUAUACUAGUUGAAACAGGUACAAUAGAUCUUUCCUGGAUGGAAAAGCUCUUCCCUGAUCACUCGAUCUUUUACCAGAACGGUGCGAAUAGUUUCGGUGGAGUAACUGUUAUGGCUAGAAAAACCCUCCCAGUUAAAAUAAUAGAAAGUAACUUGCCAAACAUAUGUGUUAUAGACAUCGAACUUGUAGAAAAAAUUAGACUUAUAGGCAUGUAUGCACCAGCAAGUAAAUCAUGGAACUGGAAAGAUCUUACUCCUCUCAUCAACUCAAAAUGUAUAUUACUAGGAGAUUUUAAUGUCGAAUUGAACAAUGCCACCCACCAAGCGAAAUGUUGUUAGAAUGGGCAGAUAGCUGCUCACUAUCCCCAUGUAUUCCAGACUCCUCCACAUCACUCAGGUCCAACUCAAACCGUACUAUCGAUUAUGCUAUAUCGAGAGGUGUUCCUAUAAGCAUUCAAGCAUACGAAGAAGGAACAACUAGCGACCACAAGCCUAUUUUAAGCACACUAGUUUGCGGCAGGAAUGAAUUAGCCAUGGGGACAAACAUUCAUUGGAAUGUACUCUCUCUUUUUCUAUCCUAUGUUUUUACGUACUGGCUAGAAGUGUGGUCCAAAGGCAACCUUGAUGAGGUUUACAAUGAUUACACUUCAUUUCUUUCGCUGCUAAUUGCUAGGUGCACAGUCUACUUCUCCCUUAAAAAAUAUCGAUUAGCAUUACCACGUAUUAUUCGAGCCAGGCUGUACCAGACUCGUACGAUUUCUUUUCGAGCUAAAAGAACCGGUGAUUUAGAAUGAAGGAGAUUGUCGAGGCACCUACGAGCCUCCUUGAGAAAUGAAAUUCAAGCAUUCAGAUCCGACCAACUAAGGAAAAGCAUAGCAACACGAUUUGCACCA